UGUGUUUCCCAAGUCGUGGAUUUUAAACUCGAGUUUGGCCAUCAUCAAGGCAGGACAAGUUCUGUCUGGCAUGGAGGUACUGCUACCAUUGUUCAGAGCCCUGGAGACGAAGUAUGGGGAAUAGUAUGGAAAAUGAACGCUAGCAGUUUAAGUACACUGGAUAAGCAAGAGGGAGUUGAAGGUGGCAUUUAUGUCCCAGUAGAAGUUAAUGUCCGCACUCAAGCAGGAGAUGUACUGACCUGUCGAAGCUACCAGAUGAAGGACUAUGUCUGUGGUCCCCCUUCUCCUCAGUAUAAAAAGGUUAUCUGCAUGGGUGCAAAACAGAACGGCUUGCCAACUGACUAUCAGAAGAAAUUAGAAGCUAUUGAAACUAAUAACUAUGCAGGGCCAGUGCCAAUCAUGGAAGAGAUUGAAGCUGCUAUUAAAGCAAAGAAAAUAAAUUCUGCAUAGAAUACCUCUGCGCUUGCUUGGCCUUUCACCUUGAUUUAGAUACCUUUCAUCACUGUGCUGAUCAGCAGUUUAUUUAUCAAGAAAGGAUGAGUCUGCUGUGCAUCUACAGUAAGCCAUUAGACAUAAUUUGCAGUCUGAAGACACAC